GAACCUAGCUACUUAUUCACCCAUGCCGAUUUGAAACAUUGAGGCGUUUGAGGUUUCGUUUGAAGAAUAAGUCGCAUUUCUAUGUAAACUUUCACAUCAAUUCAAGGCAAUUUUUUUUCUUUCUUUUAUAUUUUCACCAUUGAAAUGUUUCCAAAUUAAUGUUUGCUGGUGUUCCGCUGUAAAACUAGUUACUAAUUCGGUAACAUGCAGCUGACUUAGACAUCAAAUAUAUCAGCUGUGGGGAAAGGUUUGGCAGGUUUUGUUUACAACAAUAAUCACGGAUCAGGGACGUCGUUAUUGUCAGCCAGUGAAGUACUUGCAGAUAUCCGAUGGCAGGGAGUAUUCCCCGCCCUGGUGUACUGUCAGAAGGUGAUCACAAUGGCUGUUGCUCCGAUGGUGCGGAGUACAUGACGCUGGACUUUGGACCGUUUGAAACUGUCCAUCGAUGGCGGAAGCUACCUCCUUGUGAUGAGUUUGUUGGAGCACGGAGGAGCAAACACACAGUUGUUCCAUACAAGGAUGCUGUGUAUGUGUUUGGAGGAGACAAUGGGAAGAAUAUGCUGAAUGAUUUGUUGCGGUUUGAUGUAAAAGACUGCUCAUGGGGAAGGGCCUUCACUACCGGCAGCCCUCCCCCUCCAAGAUACCACCAUUCUGCUGUGGUGUUUAACGGAAGCAUGUUUGUAUUUGGAGGCUACACUGGAGACAUCUACUCCAAUUCUAACUUGAGAAACAAGAAUGAUUUGUUUGAAUACAAGUUUGCCACAGGGCAGUGGGUGGAGUGGCAUAUUGAUGGCAGACUGCCUCCUGCUCGUUCUGCCCAUGGUGCCUCCAUCUAUGAAGGAAGCAUGUGGAUAUUUGCUGGUUAUGAUGGAAACACAAGGUUGAAUGACAUGUGGACCAUCUCCCUGACUGGAGAGACCAGACAGUGGGAGGAGGUGCACCAGCAGGGAGAGUGUCCCCCCACCUGCUGUAACUUCCCCGUGGCUGUGGCCAGGGACAGCAUGUUCGUCUUCUCUGGACAGAGUGGAGCCAAAAUAACCAACAGCCUCUUUCAGUUCCACUUCAAGGAGAAGAAGUGGGAACGAAUCCCAACAGAGCACCUCCUACGUGGGUGCCCCCCACCCCCACAGCGUCGGUAUGGUCACACUAUGGUUGCCUUUGACCGUCACCUGUAUGUGUUUGGAGGUGCAGCCGACAACACUCUGCCUAAUGAACUGCAUUGUUUUGACCUUGACACCCAGACUUGGGAAGUCAUCCACCCAACUGCUGACAGUGAGGUUCCAUCAGGCAGACUGUUCCAUGCUGCAGCUGUUGUUGGGGAUGCCAUGUUCAUCUUCGGUGGAACUGUGGACAACAACAUACGCAGUGGAGAGAUGUACAGAUUCCAGUUUUCAACAUAUCCAAAAUGCACCUUGCAUGAAGAUUUCAGCCGUCUACUGGAGAGCCAGCAGUUCUGUGAUGUUGACUUCAUUGUUGGCGAGGCAGAAGAACACAUUCCCGCACACAUAGCACUUGUUGCGGCAAGAUCAGAGCAGCUCAACACAAAAAUUGUGGAGGCCAGGGACAGAGUGCUGCAAAAGCGCCUACAGGAGGAAGGUGAGGAUGGCACCACAACAAGCCAGCGGGGGGGACAGUGGUUCUGCGACAGCAUGCUGGAAGUGCCAUUAAGGAAUGCUCAGCCCAGAGCUUUCCAAAUGGUCCUACAGUUCAUCUAUACAGAUCGUAUCAAGCCUGGUGGAAGAGGGCAAGAUGGCUACAGUAUUGAUGGUGUGCUGCUAAUUAUGGAUGUGUAUGGCCUGGCCAUCCAGUACCGCCUAGGUCGGCUGGAACAGAUGUGUCGACAGUACCUGGAGGCCUCCAUCCGGCUGAACAACGUGCUGGUGGCUUUACAGCAUGCUGCUGAGCUGCAUCUGGAUUUACUCAAGGAAUUAUGUCUGAACUUCAUUGUACGAGAGAGUCACUACAACCAGAUUGUGAUGAGUACAGAGUUUGAGACUGUGCCCCAGCCCCUCAUGGUGGAGAUCAUCAGACGAAAACAGUCCUCAAACCCCAUCCAACCUCUGCCAGAAUCCAACACUGGAGGCAUAGCCAACACCCUGGAACAGGACAUAGAAUGGUUUCUGAAGAGUGGGAUUGGUCAGGAGUUUUGUGACAUCACCCUGCUGUUAGAUGGUGUCCCAUUCCCAGCUCACAAGUCUAUUCUGGCAGCAAGAAGCAGUUACUUUGAGGCCAUGUUCCGCUCCUUUAUGCCUGAAGAUAGAGAGGUCACUAUCUCCAUAGGUGAAAUGAUUCCUUCAACCCAAGCCUUUGAAUCGCUGCUACGCUACAUCUACUAUGGGGACAUCACCAUGCCUCCUGAAGAUUCUCUCUACUUGUUUUCAGCUCCAUACUUUUAUGGCUUCUCCAACAACAGACUACAGGCCUACUGUAAGCACAACCUGGAGAUGAAUGUGUCUGUCAAGAAUGUUGUCCAGAUUUUGGAAGCAGCUGACCGUGUGGGAGCAUCAGAUAUGAAGAGACAUGCACUGAGAAUAAUUGUGGAACAUUUCCCAAAGGUGGCCAGACUCCCCAAAGUGCGGUCCCUGAAUCGUGACCUACUCCUAGACAUCUUAACUGCACUGGCAGACCACAUGGGAGAGUCCCAGGCCUGCCAAGACAUGGCUCAUAUGACUGUACAGGACUCAUGAUUAAUCUUGUUAGGGUUAUAUUGCCAGCAUAACUUGAGAAGCUAUGGAUGGAACAUGGUGAUUUGUACAUAUGUAUGUAUGUGUGUUUGUGGGAAAACAAAGAAAGAGAAUAAAGAGACAGGUCG